GAUUCACAAUGUCGAAGCGAGGACGGGGAGGUUCCGCCGGAAACAAGUUCCGGAUGUCGCUCGGUCUGCCGGUGGCUGCGACGGUGAACUGUGCCGACAACACCGGAGCAAAGAACUUGUAUAUCAUCUCAGUGAAGGGAAUCAAGGGUAGACUCAACAGGUUGCCUUCUGCUUGCGUGGGAGACAUGGUUAUGGCCACGGUGAAGAAGGGGAAACCUGAUCUCAGGAAGAAGGUCAUGCCUGCUGUCAUCGUUCGCCAGCGCAAACCCUUUCGCCGAAAGGACGGUGUAUUCAUGUACUUUGAAGAUAAUGCUGGAGUCAUUGUGAAUCCAAAAGGAGAAAUGAAAGGGAGUGCCAUUACAGGACCUAUUGGAAAGGAAUGUGCUGAUCUUUGGCCUAGAAUUGCCAGUGCUGCCAAUGCUAUUGUUUAGAGUAAUUGUUGCAACAUGUUUUGAGAUUUUAUUGUGUUUAUCAAGAUAUUAAUAUUUUGAAUGUUGGGCUUUGCUUUAGUGGUCACUUUGCUAUGAUGUCAGAAUUUUUGCAUUAACUUCAAAUGUGUGUUUAUUAUCCUACCUUUUUUUAUCAUGGGAUUUUGUUUUAUACGUCUAGUAUCCUCAAUUAACUGUCUUAUACGAAUUGGCUAUCCGCUGAUUGCAUGUAAACCACUAAUUUCUGCUGUGUUGGGUAUGUAAAAAAGGGGUAAUGAAAAUAGUGGGAGAAAAAUGUACAUUUAUUUAUAUUCUCAUUUGAUAGUUUGGACAAUUAGGAUGUCUUUACAUGAACGGUUUUUGGUCUUUGAUCAGACUUGUGACAGUUUUAAAUUACAGAGACUAAAU